AUUUAUCUCCAGGCUUUGAGAUCUGCAUGGGGGAAGCUGUUUCAGCAGCCCAAGCCGGCAGGAAGAGCUGGGGCAGAAUGGCGUGGCAGGGGCUGAUGCUGGCCGCUUGCCUCCUUGUGCCCCACUCCGCUGCGGCGGACUGCCUGUCCUGGUGCUCCUUGUGUGCUGUGAAGACCCAGGAUGGGCCCAAACCCAUCAACCCCUUGGUUUGUUCCCUGGGAUGCCAGGCCACCCUGCUGUCCUCUGAGGAGUGGGAGAGAUGCCAGGGCUUUCUGUCUUUUUUCACCCCCUCCACCCUCAGGCUCAAUGGCAAAGACAACUUGGAGAGCAAGGUGGCUUUGGAAGAAGAGCCUUAUAGUGAGUUGGCCAAGCAUGCUGGGUCCUUCCUGAAGGAGCUGGAAAAAAGCAAAUUCCUUCCCAGUGUCCCAACAAAGGAGAAUGCUGUGAGCAAGAGCCUGGAAGAGAAGCUUAGGGGUCUCACUGAUGGGUUUGGGGAGGGAGUGGAAUCUGAUCUGGUGGGGGAUGCUCAGCUAAGUGAUGGCACCUUGGAGGCUGGUGCACUUGAUUUUGAUGAGGAAGACCCCAGGGAGCAGGUCAAACGCUAUGGGGGAUUUUUGCGCAAAUACCCCAAGAGGAGCUCAGAGGUAGCUGGGGAUGGGGACGGGGACAGGGUGGGCCAUGAGGACCUGUACAAACGCUAUGGGGGCUUCUUGCGGCGCAUCCGCCCCAAGCUCAAGUGGGACAACCAGAAGCGUUACGGUGGUUUUCUCCGGCGCCAGUUCAAGGUGGUGACUCGGUCUCAGGAAGACCCCAAUGCGUACUCUGAAGAGCUUUUUGAUGCAUAAACACCUUUCCAUUAUGGAGUGGAGUCAGGAGCUUCCCCUGACACCCUUCCAGCCUGGAGAGCACUCAUUCAUCCUCCUGUAUGUACCCUGUCCCCAUGCUCAGUUCAGCAUUGUCUACAAAAUAUCCAAGCUCAGCCUACCUUUCUUCUGCCUGAGAGUGCAGUAUUUGUCUGGGGUCAGUGAUGGGGAAGGAUGGAGUUUCCCUCCCCUCAAUAGCCUUAGAGUUUGGCUCAGACCCUUAAACUCUAAAACUACCACCACCAGCAGCUUGUGAUACCAGUUCCUCCACCUGUUCCUGUGACACCUCAGUUCCAGGAAUUCAGAGUGACUUGUUCUCUAUACCUGUAGAUCUAUGAUCUCCAAAUUUUACUGAUCACAUGUCCUUUCUGAAGAAAAAUGAGCAUGCUCACCAUGCAGAUAGUAUAUACAUGUAUCAUAAAACAUACAAAGAGUAGAAA